CAAAGGUUGUGAUUUAUUUGGAAUCAACCCUUAUGUCAAUUCACAUAAAAUAAAAUACUAUUAGUUCAGCCCAGAAUCAGUGUAAAAGCCCAGCAUAUCAAGCCCAACAAUUUCCACACGUGCAAUUCAAACGCCUAAAAUCACAAAUCAGUCUCCCAAAAUCACAGCAAACCCUUGUUCGAGAUUCGUCGUCUUGCUUUAGUCGUAUAUAGAAAUUGCUCUCAACGGAAUCGAAAUUACUCACUAAUGGCGAUGAACGGAUUGAGAUCGUGCGCUUCCAAGCUCAUGAAUUCCGCAAUUAUGCCCAAACCAGUCACAGUGAACAGGGGCAUUCACUCAACUAGUGUGAAGAAGAUGGGAGGAGGUCAUGGCCAUGACGAGCCUUACUAUCUGCAUGCAAAGCACAUGUACAACUUGGACAGGAUGAAUCAUCAGGCACUGAAAAUGAGCCUUGCUGUCUUCACUGCAUUCAGCAUUGGUGUUGCUGUCCCAGUUUAUGCAGUAGUCUUUCAGCAGAAGAAGACUUCCUCAGCGUAAUUUUUCUUGUUGAUUUCUGCAUUUUGUGGCAAUAAUAGACUAUUUGAGCCUUGUGUAGGAGAGAAGCAAACGCCAGGGAUUUGUUGACUGAAAAGAAUUCAACAGUGUCUUUUGCAUUCACUUUCUUUAUGCCCUCUACAAUGCUUUAACUUCUCAAAAGGUGUUGUCCUAGCUUCAAGUUAUGAAUACUAUUUCUUGGAUUUGCUCCAACUACAAUGCUGAUUUCUCUUCUAUUAUCCUA